GAUAGUUUCUUACCUCUGCUUGAAACACUACCAGUGGGAAACGAUGAAAAAGUUUAUUGUGCUAUUUGCACUUUUUGUGGCAAUUUUUGCUGCACCACAAGUUAUCGAUGAAAUAAAGACAAACGACGAACCACAAACUGCAGAUGAACCUGAAAUUCUCGAUCAGCCUGAAGUUUUCGAUGAACCUAAAGAAGUUGAUGAACCUACAGAAGUAGAUGAACCUCAAAUUUUCGAUGAACCUCAAGUUGUCGAGGAACAUCCAAAUGACGAGGAACAUUCAAAUGACGAAGAACAUGCAAAUGUAGAAGAACUCCAAAUCGUCGAAGAAGAUCAAAUUGUUGAAGAAAGUCAAAGUGAUGAAGACGAUGAAGAAUUUGUUAUAAAAUCAGAGAAAGCUCAAAUGUUCUACAAUCCUAUGAUGAUGGGUGGAAUGAACAGUCACAUGAUGCAACCACAAUCCCAAGAACAACAAUUCCCAAUUGACUACAGCAUGUCUUGCUCAAAUUCCUGCAACUGCGGAACGAUUUGCGUUCCUUGGUGGCCAUGCGGUUGUAAAUGCCCACCACCAUGCCCACCAGUAACCGAUCCACCACCAACUCUACCACCACCACUUUGCGUUAAUGGAGCACCAGACUUUACCUUCCCAUGGUGCUGCAUCAAUGGAGCUACCAACCAAUUCUGUUGCUUGAAUGGAGCUGACAAUCCUCAAUGUGAACUUGCAACUGUACCUCCUCCUACUGUAGAACCACCUCCUGGUGAUACACCUUGUAAUGGAGGUGGAUGUUGCAAACCUUGCAUACCAUGCAUGCCUUGCAUGGUUUGGUGGAUGUGCCAACCUUGCGGUUGCAACAACGGAUGCGCCACAACAACAACACCACCAAUUGUUGAACCACCAACUCAACCACCACCACUUUGCUGGAAUGGAGCACCAGACUUCACUUUCCCGUGGUGCUGUGAAAAUGGAGCCACAAAUCAAUUCUGUUGCUUGAAUGGAGCUGACAAUCCUCAAUGUGAACUUCCAACACCACCUCCUAUUGUAGAACCAACUCCUUCACCACCUUGUAAUGGAGGUGGAAGCUGUUGCCAACCUUGCGUACCAUGCAUGCCUUGCAUGAUUUGGUGGAUGUGCCCACCUUGCGGUUGUAACAAUGGAUGUAACCAAGAAACAACAACACCAACAACAACUGUACCACCACCACUUUGCAAUAAUGGAGCACCAGACUUUACCUUCCCGUGGUGCUGUGUCAAUGGAGCUACCAACCAAUUCUGUUGCUUGAAUGGAGCUGACAACCCUCAAUGUGAACUUCCAACUAUCCCCCCACCAAUCGAAGCAACUACUCCUCCAUCCAACGGUUGCCCAUGUCAACCAAUUUGCAGACCUUGCAUGCCAUGGUUCCCAUGUCAGCCAUGCAGCUGUCCAUGCUCCAGUAGCAACUCCAACCAACACAAUAACAACCACAAUAACAGACAUGAAGACGUAAUUCCUGUUCCUUAUGACGAAAACGACAUUGAAAGUGAUCAAUGGCAAGAUAGCUGGAAUGUCGGCGGUAUGAAUCAUUUCUAAAUGUAAGAAAGCAAAUUUGUAGGAAAGGAAAAAAUGUGAAAUGCUUUUAAUUUGUGCUUUGUCAAAUUGAAAUAAAAUGAAUUAAUUGUUGAUUGAUCCCAAGAAUAAAACAAAUUGUGCAAUUAAAUUUGAAUUAGCUUCAAAUUCGUUUAGUUCGCUU